GGUUCGCCUCCUGGAAAGUGACAGAAGGAGCUGCAGGCUGUUGACAUUUUUCUCUGGCUCGUUAUUUUGUGUUGCUCGCGCAGAAAUGGACGACCAGGGGUGUCCGAGGUGCAAAACAACCAAGUACAGGAAUCCGUCGCUGAAGCUGAUGGUGAACGUCUGCGGCCACACGCUAUGCGAGAACUGUGUAGAGAUGCUGUUUGUGCGCGGCUCGGGCAACUGUGUGCAGUGCGACACGCCCCUGAGGAAGAGCAACUUCCGCGUGCAGCUUUUCGAAGACCCGACCGUAGAUAAGGAAGUGGAGAUCCGCAAGAAGGUGCUGAAGAUAUACAACAAGAGGGAUUUUGAUUUCCCCAGUCUGAGAGAGUAUAACGACUACCUGGAGCAAGUGGAGGACAUAGUGUAUAACCUGACAAACAACGUUGACGUGGAGAAUACCAAGCUGAGGAUGGAGCAGUACCAGAGGGAGAACAGAGAUCUCAUCCAGAGGAAUAAGGCUACACUUACCCGAGAACAGGAGGAGCUGGAGGAGCUUCUGUUGCUGGAGCAGCAGGGAAAUGAGCAGCGGAGACUGGAGGCACUGCAGGAGGAGCAGAGGCAGCUCCAGGCCAAGAAGAAGAACAAGCAGGCUCUGCUGGAUGAACUGGAGCAGUCUAAACUUCCUGCCACCAUCUUGCUUGCCCAACACAAGGUCCGUGCUGCCCAGCUGGAGACCGAGAUAGAACAGCAGAAGCAGGCGAUCAAACCUACUAAUAUAUUUUCAACUGGAAUCCAUAUGCGUCAGACAGUCUCUCUCAUGGCUGUGCCCAAGAUAGAGGAAGUCCUGUACCACUACAAGCCUCUUCAAGUUGAAACCUACGGACCUCCAGUGCCUGAAUUGGAGCAUCUGGGUAGACUCGGGUAUCUGAACCAUGUGCGAGCCGCCAUGCCUCAGGACACAGCUGGAGGAUACACCUCGGCUUUAGCGUGUCAUCGAGCCAUCCAGGAUGCUUUCAGUGGGCUGUUCCCUCCAAAAGGCUAAACCCAUACAGGAGUUACAACAGCUACUGGAUAGAAAUGUGACUGAAUGGACUAUACCGGUAAAUACUCCCCUGAUACCACUAUGGAGAGCUGCUGUGGUGGGAAGUGAUCUGACUCAUUUUUGGUCGACAUGUACAUGACUUUUUAUAUUUUUGUGGUAAUUUUAUAUUUAAAUAAAUCACAAUGAACACUGA